AUGUCGAUUUCGGUACAAGAGCUGGACAACACGGUCCGGGCCUUGUUUGAAGGCAAAGGAGAAAUUGUAGGUCCUGCAGUCUGCCAUCUGGAUGAUCUUUAUAUCCUUGGUGUUUCGCAAGCUCCUUCCUGGGUGGAAAGGCUAACCCGGUUGUGUACGCAUUUAGCAAAACCAAGCCCAACAGACUUUGACAGAAGUAAGCGCGCAUGCCGAUUCGAACUUGAUAUCAACUUUGAACUAACCCAUUUUGUUGUUGUUCAGUUCAAGCAAAACCCGGAUGCCUGGGUCACUGUGGGAAACAUCCUCCAAGAGGCCUCAUAUCUCCAAACCAAAUACAUCGCUCUUCAAGUCCUUGACAAUGUUAUCAUGACCCGGUGGAAGGUUCUCCCACGGGAGCAAUGCCUGGGUAUCCGAAACUUCAUCGUGAGGUUCAUUCUCGAGAACUCCGAAUCCGAAGAGAAGAUUCAAUCCGAGCGUCCUCUCCUGAACAAGCUUAACCUGGUGCUUGUCUCCAUCUUGAAGCAGGAAUGGCCUCACAACUGGCCCACCUUCAUCAACGAGAUCAUCUCCUCCUGCCAUGCCGGCCUUUCGAUCUGCGAGAACAACAUGAACAUCCUUCGUCUGCUGUCCGAGGAAGUCUUUGACUUCUCGCAAGACCAGAUGACAUCUUCCAAGGCACGAAACCUGAAGACGACCAUGACCUCCGAAUUCGCAUCGAUCUUCCAAGUCUGCUCCGAGGUUUUGAACACCGCGAACCAGCCCAGUCUGGUUAAGGCCACUCUUGAGACUUUACUCCGGUUCUUGAACUGGAUUCCCUUAGGCUAUAUCUUCGAGACCCCGAUCAUCAAUACUCUUCUUACUCGAUUCCUUGGCGAACCCGAGUUCCGAAAUAUCACACUGAAGUGCCUGACCGAGAUUGGCGGUUUGCAGAUUGGCACUCCCUACAACUAUGACGAAAGACUGGUGCACAUGUUUACUGAAACUCUUACUGCUGUGUCCAAUGUCAUUCCUCUGUCGCUGGAUUUGAAGCAGACUUAUGCUAUGAGCAACGGAAGAGAUCAGGAGUUUGUAUCAAAUCUGGCCUUGUUCCUUUCGAGCUUCUUCAGUGCUCACCUGGACCUUAUUGAGAAGCUGCCUAACCAAGAUUACCUUACACACUCACAUUUCUAUAUGAUCCGAAUCAGUCAGAUUGAAGACCGUGAAGUGUUCAAGAUUUGUUUGGACUACUGGACCAAGCUGGUGCAGGAACUUUACGAGGAGAUGCAGCAGCUUCCAAUCACCGACAUCAAUCCGCUAGUGUCUAUGGGUGUCAGCGGCUUGGCAAAUGGCGGUGCACCUAACCCUAACACACUGGCCGGCUACCCUCUGCGCAAGCACAAGUACGAGACCGUGCUCACAAACCUCCGCACUGUUAUGAUUGAGAAGAUGGUUCGCCCGGAAGAAGUUCUUGUUGUGGAAAACGAUGAGGGUGAAAUCGUGCGUGAGUUUGUCAAGGAAAGCGACACCAUCCAGCUUUACAAGACGAUUCGCGAGUGUCUGGUUUACCUUACCCAUUUGGAUGUCGUUGACACCGAAACCAUCAUGAUCGACAAGUUGGCCAAGCAGGUCGAUAAUACCGAAUGGUCCUGGGUCAACUGCAACACUCUUUGUUGGGCCAUUGGUUCUAUCUCUGGCGCCAUGAACGAAGAGACCGAGAAGCGUUUCCUUGUCACCGUCAUCAAGGACCUUCUUGGUCUCACCGAGCAGAAACGUGGAAAGGACAACAAGGCCGUCGUGGCGAGUAACAUUAUGUACAUUGUGGGCCAAUACCCUCGCUUCUUGAAGGCGCACUGGAAAUUCCUGAAGACUGUGGUCAACAAGCUUUUCGAAUUUAUGCACGAGACACACGAAGGUGUUCAGGAUAUGGCUUGUGAUACCUUUAUCAAGAUCGCCAACAAGUGCAGACGGCACUUUGUUGCCCUCCAGCCGGGAGAGACUGAGCCUUUCAUUGAAGAAAUUGUGCGGAACAUGAGAAAGAUCACACAAGACCUUUCUCCCCAGCAAAUUCACACGUUCUACGAGGCAUGUGGCUACAUGAUCUCUGCUCAGGGCCAGAAGACUCUCCAAGAUCGUUUGACCGAGAACUUGAUGGCGCUCCCCAACAACGCCUGGGAUCAUAUCAUUGCUCAAGCUAAUGAGAACCCCGCCAUUCUUCAAGAUGGCGACACCAUCAAGAUUGUUGGUAACAUUAUGAAGACCAAUGUCUCAGCCUGCUCCUCAAUCGGCACAUACUUCUCUUCCCAGAUUGGUCGCAUCUAUCAUGACAUGCUCAACAUGUACCGUGCUGCCAGUCAGCUCAUUAAUGACGCUGUUGCCAAUGAUGGAGCUAUCGCACCCAAGACCCCCAAGGUCCGAGGACUUCGGACCAUCAAAAAAGAAAUUCUGAAGCUUAUUGACACCUACGUGGAAAAAUCGGAUGAUCUCGAUAUGGUCAACGCCAGCAUGGUCCCUCCACUUAUGGAGGCCGUGCUCAUUGAUUAUGCCCGGAACGUUCCCGAUGCACGAGAGGCUGAGGUCUUGAACGCCAUGACCACGAUCAUUCACAAGCUUCACAAUUUGAUGGAGGACAAGAUCCCUGCUAUCAUGGACAGUGUCUUCGACUGCACUCUUGAGAUGAUCAACAAGGAUUUCCACGAAUACCCCGAGCACCGUGUGGAAUUCUUCAAAUUGCUGCAGGCAGUCAACUUGUAUUGUUUCCAGGCUCUCUUGAAGCUUGAUGCAGCUCAGUUCAAGUUUGUCAUCGACUCGUGCAUGUGGGCCUCAAAGCACGACAACCGUGAAGUUGAGAACACGGGUCUUACGAUGUGCUUGGAGUUGAUGAACAACAUGGCCGAAACCGACCCACAGACUUCGAGCAUCUUCUUCCGCCAGUUCUACAUUUCCAUCCUUCAGGACGUCUUCUUCGUCCUGACGGACAGUGACCACAAGGCUGGUUUCAAAUCUCAGGCCAUGCUUCUGUCCCGCAUGUUCUACUUCGUUGAGUCUGGCAAGAUUCAAGAGCCCAUCUACGCUGCCGAUCAGGCUCCCGCUGGAACCUCCAACAAAGAAUUCCUGCAGGAAUAUAUUGCCAAUUUGCUGAAGAAUGCCUUCAACAACCUUCAAGAAGCGCAAAUCAAGCAAUUCGUCAUCGGACUAUUUGCUUACACUGAUGACCUGAACAAGUUCAAGACUCAUCUGCGUGACUUCUUGAUUUCCCUGAAGGAGUUCUCGGAUGACAACGCAGAGCUCUAUGCAGAGGAGAGGGAGCAGGCUGUCCGUGACGCCCAAACCGCCGAGCGAGACCGCGCCAUGAAGGUAGGAGGCCUGUUGAAGCCAUCGGAGAUGGAACAGGAGGAUGAGCUAUGA